AUGCACGCCUACAACCGCCCCGUCGACUCUUACAGGCCUUCUGGUGGACAAGGCUGUGGUGAGCGAGAAUGUUCCGGCCUUCCUUCCUGCCAGUGUGACAGCAAGCGUGGGCGUUCCAUGCCUCACCACUCCCGGGUUUGGAAUAGUCCAGGCACCAGUGAUGAUAUGGGGAGAGCCACUCGUCGCUCCAGCCCCCAUGAGUUCUACAACAGCCGACGCGACAAUCGCUCCAUGUCACCGCAUCGCUACUCGCAUCAGGAAGAGGAGGAGAGAGAUGGAAGUCAUUAUCGGGUUCGCAGUCCAGCUGGACGUAUGCCAGGUUUCUCUGUUGACUCCAACUCCCAAUAUUCGUACGCAGGCGUUCCAACAGGAUCUAGGCACAACUUCCGCAGCAACGGUCAUCGGCCUAGGGUCCUAUUGAGACAGGCCCACUAUCCUUUGGUCGAGCGUCCUGUCCACUCCUCCACUCUUUCAGACAAUCCCGCUAUCCCCAUCACAGAGCGUGAAGAUCGCCAGCCAAAGCACAAUUCUUCAGAGUCCAUCGAAGUAGAGGAAGACCAGACCACCCCAACCAACAAUUCAGGCCCACCAACCGCUCCCAAAGCUCUACGAGUUUCUCCCACUCACACCUCCGCCCCCCGCACCAAGCCCAAAGACUUCAACACGCCGUUGACGUGCUACUUCUGGGCUACCAAGGGCAGGUGCAGGCUCCCGGACGCAAAGUGCAGCUAUGCGCAUUACCACACGGGCUUCAUGGCCUCGGCGCCGGUUCGCAUAGGGCAGAGUACGGUGGCCGGGACGCGGGCUCAAAUCGCAAUGCGCGAUCUUGAUCCACCCCAGUUGGGAGAGGUUGUUGAUAGACGGGAGAGGGCGCCUCGUCUUCGGUAGACUGCGGGAAAAUGUCUGUGGCUUGUGGAUUGUAGUUCUUGGCCUUUGCUUGCACUAUUAUACUCUAUGGACGGUUGUUUUCGGGUUGGUCUCCCCCGCCCAACCGACG